UGCUGUGAAAAUAUGUGAUUAUGGAAAUGUAGGUUAUAUUUACUGUUUUGGCUAUAGGCUAGGCUAGACUACUUGCUUGAGAUGUAGGGUUUAUGUGGUGUGGCUGAAUGCAACAAUGUUCAACUGAUGUUGCCUCACUUUCCAUUACGGGUCUCAUUCGGACAUCACACAGUGAAGAGGAACAGCUCUGUUUCGCUCCGCCCUCUGUCUGUCUGCCCAGAAGGAAGACACUCUCCCGUUACUUCUCUCAGCAAUGAAUAUGCAUAGGCUACUACUGAUUGCCUGUUCCUGAAACGCAGAGAAAUUAGAGAAGAGGGACGGGGGAUAUGAAAAGUUAUUUACCCUGACGUCAAUCUGUAAACAAAAUGGCGAGUCAGGGGCGGAUAAACCAGCUUUAGGUAGCAUAUACCUACCUAGCGACAGUGUGCACAAACAAAACUGUAUUCGUGACAUUUCAAGACUGAGGAGAACGCUCAUAUUUGACAGCGGUAACAAAUCAAAUCGAGUUGCCUGAAAUGAGUGGAGUUAACUUUUGGGAGAAAUUCUUGCGCAUGGAGGAACAAUGUAGCCUAUCCACUGGAAAGUAAUGAGGAGUUGUGGUCUACAACGUUGCAUUUCAUUCGGACUGCACAGCAACUUCUUCCGUCGCCCUGGACAUUACAAAUAAAGAAGCUUUUGCCAGCGACCUACUGUAGCUACUCAGUGGACGUUUCCCCGGAACUGUGACAUGGCAGUCUACCGAUACUAAUAGAUUAUCUGCGGAUAAAUGGCUCGUUGGAUACAUUUUAAGGAUGUUAUCCACGGAGGUGGGGAUACACUCUUACAUUCAGGUAACACUACUCAUCUAAUGCACUUCGCAGAUGAGUGAUAACCAUUUAUGGAAACUGCUCGGUGUAAAACAGCUAUAUCCAGUGAGCACUUCUCGGAGGAUAUAUUUUGUUUAUACCAUAUUUAAACUCUCCAUUUCUAUUCAACCAUGGCCGUUAGGUCUAGAAGACCGUGGAUGGGCGUAAUUGUAGGGGUCUUUCUUGGGUUUACAGCGGCGUCUUGGCUAAUUGUCCCCAGGGUAGUGGAAAUCAGUGGGAAAAGAAAGAAGUCGUCGAUAUGCUCAUACUACAGUAAUGCUGCUGGCAUCGGUAAAGUGCCCGAAAUCAUCGGAAGCACCGCAAGUAAUGCGUUACGUAAAGACCCGGAGAAUAACCUGUCCAGCCAAGAGGGCAGUGAAGAGGAGGAAGAGAACGUUUACAAGACUGGUAACGGUAGUGGAGAUGGCGGGGGACCCAUUUCCAAACCUAAUCAUUUUCUCUAUGUCGGCGUCAUGACAGCCAAAAAGUACCUUGAUUCGCGCGCUGUGGCUGCACACAGGACGUGGACCAGUUCCAUCCCCGGGAAGGUUGAGUUCUUCUCCAGCGAGGGCUCUGAAACAAUCCCACUGCCCAUUCCUGUCCCGGUGGUGUCGUUGACAGGUGUAGAUGAUUCAUACCCGCCACAGAAGAAGUCAUUUAUGAUGUUGAAGUACAUGCACGACCAUUACCUGGAUAAAUACGAGUGGUUCAUGAGGGCAGAUGAUGAUGUCUACAUUCGAGGCGAAAAGCUGGAGUCAUUCCUGCGUUCUCUGAACAGCAGCCAGCCCCUGUACCUGGGUCAGACGGGCCUGGGCACAGCUGAGGAGCUGGGAAAGCUGGCCCUGGAGCCCGGGGAAAACUUCUGCAUGGGGGGCCCGGGCAUGAUCUUCAGCAGAGAGGUGCUGAGAAGGAUGGUGCCCCACAUCGGGACCUGUCUCAGGGAGAUGUACACCACCCACGAGGAUGUGGAGGUGGGCCGCUGCGUCCGCCGCUUCGGGGGGACCCAGUGCGUCUGGUCUUACGAGGUAAGAAACAAUUUGAUGUUUUGUGUGGUGAAGGGAGGGAGGCCUGGUGCUCUGUUGUGUUUCACGGAGAUGCAUUGUGCGCUCUCGUCGUGGGGGGUUUUGUCUUUAGUUUUCAAUUGACUGGUUUUUAGGGGCCUAGUGUUUUAUGCUAUUGUGUUUUUGUGGCAAAAGCCUCAAAUAGAAUGAGCUCUUACAUAGUCAUGGAUGGCAGUCGUUCUGAAGGAGACCAUUUGUAAGAAAAGUGUGUGUCUGUCUGUGUGUGUGUG